AGACUGGCCCAGCUGUUACACUACACUAGCCUGAGUCAGGCAUUGUUUUCCAAGCCACUAUCCCCGAUCGGGCCAACGCAGCCUUCAAGGGGGAAUGUGACCAGGAGCGUAGCCCGCUGAGCCUUCCAAGAUGGACACCUUGUCUCUUUUAUUUAUUUUUCUUUUCUUUUUUGCUGCGGCUUGUGUGUGAUUGAAUUCUGUCCAGGUUGCUACGGCAUACCGGCGGGAUGUGUAUCACACAUGGAAAGCUAGGAGGAUCACUAACCCUUUACUCUCUUGUCUCCUACUCCUGUUGAUGUAGUGAGGGGCUAGACAUUAAAAAAAAGUGAGAUCCAGUAAUUAAAAACCUCAUUUGAAGAUAGAAUCUUUAAAAUUCUAUUUGCACUUUUGAUCUGGUGUGAUACAGGUUUUUCCCCUCACAAUUACUUCACUACAGCUCUGAUGUGGAUGUUAAGUAUUAAUACAAAUUGUCCAUUUAACGUAAAUUUUGUCUUUGGGAAAGUCGUGACACAUGCAUUAAUGUUUUGCAUCGUUGCUUUUUUUUAAAAAAAUCUUAGCUCUAAAAGUGUCAGGAAACUUGUCGUGUCAUGUAGAUUGCCAUGCUCAAUGCUUCCAGCUACACUGAACUGAAUUUGUAGUCAUCUUUCCUCUUCUCCAGUAGAUUUCUAAGCCAGAGGAACAAAAAUUGUUUUUAUAGCGAAGUGUUGGUUAACAUUUCCUACAGCUCUUAAAAUUGUUGUUCUUUUCUGUAUCUGAUGUCCUGUGUGCUAUUAGUGAUGCAGCCAUUGGGGUUGUCUUGUGUUGCGAAACGAUCGCCCCUCCCCCCCACGGAAAAGCGCCCAUGCUUGAUAUCGUAUGGUUCAUGACCAAUAUGUUUCCAGUACAGGGAAGAUCCCGGAAGAGGCCAAGGCCUUGUCACUUCUGGCACCUGCCACUCCAGCACCCAGUCUGAUUCCUGGGGCGGGACUGCUACCGAUCCCUGCUCCUGCUCCAGCUCCGCUCCAGAAUCUGAACCUCCCCAUAGUGAGUCGGGUGGCGGCCAGUCUCGAUUCCGCAGCAUCGGCACUCUCCCAGCCCCCCCUCAUGGGAAACGUGGAUCCCUCAAAAGUCGAUGAAAUCCGGCGCACCGUCUACGUUGGCAACUUAAACUCGCAGACCACCACUGCAGAUCAGCUGUUGGAGUUCUUCAAGCAGGUCGGAGAAGUGAAGUUCGUGCGAAUGGCAGGCGACGAGACACAGCCGACGCGCUUCGCCUUCGUGGAGUUUGUGGAGCAGGAUUCUGUUGCCAGAGCCCUGACGUUCAAUGGAGUCAUGUUUGGGGACAGACCCCUAAAGGUGAACCAUUCCAAUAACGCCAUAGUGAAGCCUCCAGAGCUGACGCCACAGGCCGCUGCCAAGGAGCUAGAGAGUGUGAUGAAGAGGGUGAGGGAGGCCUCGUCCACCAUUGCUGCUGCCAUAGAACCAGAGCCGACGCCGCCAUCCUCCAGUCGGUCUAGAAGAUCGCAACGGUCACACACGCGGUCACGCUCCCGCUCCCGUUCGCGCUCCAGAGCGCACAGAAAAACGUCCCGUUCGAAACACAGUAGACCAUCACAGAGGCCAUGGCCAGCGAGUGCCUCCCACAGUUUGCGAACCAGCCACAAACGGCGUUCUCGCUCCAGAGGCAGGAGGCUUAGUCGGAGUCGCUCCAGGGGUCACCGGAGGAAGAGUAAGGAUCGAUCCAAGAGCCCGCGGAGGAAAGCCAGAUCUCCUUCGCCAAAAAGGGUUAAGAAAGACAAGAGGCGUGAGCGCAGCAGGGACCGCAAGGACCGCAAGGACCGCUCCACCUCCAGGAAGAGGAGCCGCAAAGACGAGGACAGAAUAAAGAGCAAGGCCAGGCCACUGAAGGUGCAAAUCGACAGAGAGGAUAAGGAAGCCCAUGAAAGUGAAAGGGAAGACUCGGCCACACCCAGUGAGGACCUGGCUCCGUCGCCUCGCGUCCAACACAACGGCAGCUACAAGACUCACAGGGAGAAGGACAGGUCUGUGGGCACGGACAGGACCAAGUGACUGGUACAACAUUACAGAAGCGAAUCCUGUUCCAUCAAAUAAUUUGCUCAACGCCCACUGUACACAUUACAGAAACACGGGAUUACCACUCCCAGCAGGUGUUUUCACACACAUCCCCCCCCCGCCCACACACACACACACACACACACACACACACACACACACACACACACACGCACACACACUUGUACAACCUGAUUUUUUUUCUUUCAUUUUUUAUAAAAGAACAUUCUUGACACCACACGGAUGCUGUUCAGUGUCCCACCUAAAGGAUUGAACGAGCACUCGGUGUGGCAGGGAUGGUCUCAUCUUUUCUUUUGAGCAGGCCAGUUGAGAUGACGGGACUUUUAAUGUGACACAACAAUACAAAAUGCAGAAGACUGCAAAGAUCAGAAACUACUGAACAGUGUAGUUGACAGCUCAACAAGAAAAACGAACUGAAGUCAAGAGUUUGUUUCAAAGUAAUUGAACCGGAUUGCAUCAUAUUGUAUAUAUGUUUCCAUGUAGAUACUAAAAGCUCUCUGCACCUGCACCAGCAGUUUAAAAACAUGUGCAGGCCUGAACCAGCUCGUCCUCGUCUGUGACCACAGGAUCGUCAGUGUCUCCCCAGAGAGCCAACAGAAAAGUCAUGGCGGAACCAAGCAGCAGCAACGGGAGGAACAGAGUUUGUACUCGUUUCUCCAGCGACUGAAAACUGGGUUUUAACUUCACGUUCGUCCCAGUCAUGGACGUUUUUAAAAAAGACCAAACUGUCUCUCUCAUUCCCGCCGUGACAUCUAGACCUGAAGCACCACCUCAAUUAUCCCAAAAAGCCUUUUUAAGCCUCUUCGAUUGUCGUCGUAUGUAUGACAUAUACUUCCAAAACUUUUUUGUCAAACUAUUGCAAAUAGCAAUAUGCUGCAACAAUCUGCGCUAACAGUAAUAAAAAUGUUGUUUUUUUAAUUGUCUAAUUUAUUUGAGAUCCAAACUGCAAAUGGUUUUCAGUGUUUGACGUUGAGUUUUCAUGCGACUCGCAGCCUGCGGCGCACGAGGGUCAGUGGAAAAGUCGGGGUUGCAAAAUGAAGCAGAAGUAUUAGGAGCUGUUCAAUGCAGAAGUGGUUAAAAAAAAAAAGGCUUUGCUCUUCUGUUCAUGCAAAUGCAGGCUUGUGAAGGUACAGGGUUAGGCUCGUGCCAGCAGCUAUUCUUGGAUUGCCCCACAUUUCAAGCUUUGCACUCUUCCUCAGGCAGCGUUCAAUACAAAGUUUUACAGGUCCAGGAAAAUUAGAAACCGUAAUAAAACCUGAUUAUUCUGUGAGGUCAGUCUGCAUCUGCUUCUCAGUCAAUAAUGACAAGCAGUAUUAGAUUUUGUGUUUUUUUAAAUUCUGUAAUUUUUAGUAUCUUUGGAGUUUAUAAUAUGGUCUUUCAUAUAUCAAUCUUUUCAGAGAGAUUAUUGCUGCCCAAUCAAGUUGUCGAUACUGUACGUUGCAUCAGUUCGAAUUUUUCAUAACAUAAUAGUUAUUGGAAAAAAAAAAAAUAUUGUAAGCCAGGAAGUACCAGUUAAAACAAGUUUCUUUUUAACCAAGUAAACCAGUUCCUUUUAUUGGCCAGCUGAGAUAUUCUUUGAAGCGUACACCAUUUUCUUUAAUUAGUCAUUUAUUUCAUGACGGCGAGGUUAAAAUGACAUCCCUCUGUCUGCCUGAGGUCUCGUCGGGUGUAAGACGUGUUAUUGUGCUGCUGUGGCCUCGGUGUAGGCGAGACGGCAACUUCCCAUAUUCCGUUUGCUCGUUGAAACAAAUGGUACAUUAACAUUUAACACAUGUUCCUCCAUCAAAGAAAUAUCGACAAAGUGUAAAAGACAAAAAAAAACAAACGCUGGGACGGUGUGACUGUAAAAGACGUCUGUUGAUACUGAGGGACAUUGAAGAGGGUCCUCCAUCGUCCUCCAUCAUCUGCCAACCAGGGUGUCCUCUGUGAUGUAGUGUUGAUUUUAUGACUUGAAGUGAUGUAACUAUGAGAGUGCAGAGUGUAAUGUUCCUGUGAACCUGUGUCUGGAAUACAAUUGUUAAGAGAUAAAAAAAAAUUGAAUUUGGUCAACAUGGAUGCAUUGAUUUAUUUCCUGUUUUUGUUUAAUGAUUGUACAUCUACUUGCUUUUUAUAAAUAUAUAUAUUUCUGAUUGCCCGUUGUUGCAACAAGAUCCAAAACGUCUCAUGGUCCUUUUUCCUGUAAUAGUUCAGGCCUACGACACUGUAAAAAUUACAGCGAUUUGCAGAAUGUCUGUUGGCUCCUUCCUUCAAAAGCUCAACACUAACAAAGUUUCUGUUUGUAAGCACAGAAGGGUAAAAAAAAAGUGCCUGGACAUAGAUUGUACAGAAUAUUCUAAUAAACUAUGGAGACUUA